AAAAUAACUGCAAACAUUGUAAUGUGUUUAAAAAGAGUACUCAAAGAAUUCGUGUUUAUUUCCGAAGUCGUUACUAGUAUUUGACAAAUAUGUCUUUAAAAUGCCAAGUGGUGUUAGUGUGGCUUAUUUGUUUGUCGUGCAAAGUGGUUGUAACUGGUUGUGAAGUGGUUUGGAUCAAUCGAAAUGUUACAGAUAGCUUCCGUGUUGGGAAAAAUGGUUGUACGAAUGAUACAAGUGUUUGUAAAAGUAACGCAACAUGUCAGUCUAAUGGCUCGUGUUUGUGUAACCCUAAAAGACCAACCUAUCGAAAUCCUAUCAUCGUCAACGGCAGUAAAAUAGUGCAUGGUGACUCGUAUGGCUGUAUCGACAAUGAAAUUAUCCGUUUUGGUGCUGGUAAGUGUUUUGUUGCAUGCUUUAUGUCAAUCAUGUCACCAGUUUGCUUACUAUUUAGUUAGGUUAUGAUAAAUUUCAUCUCGACAGCACCAUCAUGUCUUAAAAUUUCACAGUUCUUGUGCAUCUUUGAAUAACAAUUCAAAAUGAAUAUGCAUCUUAUAUUAUUUAGGAAGUUAUUAAAUGUUAGGGGACUUCAGGGGUUAAAGUUAUUGGUUAGAUGUAAAGGUGCUUAAACUGUCAGCUUGUCCUGGAUUAUAUGAGAUUGUUUAACAAUAUAAACUACACGAAGAAAUGCAAAGAUUAACGAGAGUAAGUGGAAACUUUGCGACAAUAGCCUCAGCUUGGCCUACCCGCGAGAAACCCAAUGUAAAUAUGAUUAAGUUUCCGGGCGAGAUAAUCCAGUUACUAGGCAACCUAUUGUGAUAUAUUGACUAAAUCGCAAUCGAAAUAUCUUAUGAUGUAUAGCCCAAAUAGGUCUGCGAUGAAAGUAUAAUGAGGGAAUAUAUGCAUAUCAAUUCCUUUCUAUGUUUUAAUUUCUGCUCAGACGAGGAUGAGACUUGAGAAGCGAGAGUUUGCAUGCGAGUUUUCUCAACUCUCAUGCCCCGGCCAAACGAAAACAAGAGUUGCACAAGAGUUGAGUGGAUAUUACGACGCCUAGCUAAACUCUCAUAAAUUCUAAUCAAAAUUGAACCAGCUCAAAGUUGAUGAGAAUGCAGUCAAAUAUCAACUCUUGUCAACCGUCAGCCUCGUUUUAACUGGGCCCCACUGUCUGGACAUUAAUUAAUCAUCAGUCGGUUUUCUUUGAUGUAUACCGCGGGAUGUAUAUACGGGUUAUAUCACUCGUGAAAAAUUAUCUGUAAUAUAAAAUGGUGUGAAAAUAUAUUUUCUUCUUCUAUACAUUACUGUUACAUUAUUACUCAGCUCACUCCCCAUUGGGUGUUUUCAGAGACCGAUUAAUUACAUCAAGAAUUACGCUUGCUUAUGUGAUUAACUUAGCCUAGACCAUUUAUCUUUACAACAAUUGUAAUAUUACUUCUUAACCGUAUUUAUCCUAACCCACCCUGUCAACUUGCCCUGUGGGAGGAAACCCGAGCGUCCGGAGAAAACCCACGACGUUCGGCAGAGCGUUCACCGACUCUUUUCACAUAAGUCCAUAGCGAGAUUUUGUGCACUAUAAGAUACGUGUACGGAUGUUGCCGCGAGAAACACUCAAUUUAUUCUAACAUUUUGCGCCAUUACAGGAAAUGCAAGCACCGACUGUGCAUUCGGACCUUUUCAAGUGAUACCCUAUAGCCACAAUGAAGUAGCAACAAAUUUCUGCUACGAUGACAACCCCACAUUGCUGAGAUGUGCUUUACACAAAGCCUGGGUAAAGUUUCCAGACAACGCAACAGAAAUGGAACUGCCAUGGUUGAAUGAAUCUUACGUUCACUUGAACGGCUCAAACAAGACAUUGCAUUUCAAAGUAAGUUCAGGAUAUUCAACACAUGCUUUUCUCUCUAAAACCACUUUGCCUAUAAAUAGUUAUAUUUUUCCUUGUCUAGUGGAAAAGAUCAGUUCCAGAAUUGCAAGGCACCAUAAUUACAUUCAACCUCAACUGUUCCAACAGCUCAGGGUUUUACAUAUUAAGACCUUGCCUUCGAGCAAAGGUUCUUGGGAAAUGGUCAGCAGGUAAAUAAUACGAGUUCAUUCAAGCCAAGUUUGAAUUUGCGCUACUCAACCUAUUCCUCUUUUUAGCACCCAGCUUUAUUUAUCAAUCCUUCUAUAUAAUUAGCCUCCAAUCUAGAAGCGCUUGAACAAAAUAAGCCCCCGCUCUCUAUUUAGCCCCUGUUCUCUAUUAACCCGUUAAGUUGCAUUAACCCUAAUGCACACUACUUUAUUAUUUUACUCUGUCUAACGUGAGACAAUUUUGCUUGUGAAUUGGAGAGCGUUUGCACUCAAUGGGUUAAUCUCUCCAUGUAUCUAGUUCACCUGUUGCUCCCUAGUAAGCUCUCCUUUAUUAUUUUACUUUGUCUAAUGCCAGACGAUUUCACUCAUCAAGGAGAAAGCGCUGCAUGCAUGGCGCUCAAUGGGUUAUUAAAUUAUUGUUGCUCACUCAAGUCAGAUGCCAACAAAAUCUUGAUUAAUUAAAUCAUUCUCAAUUUGAACUUAUACACGAGUAAAAUAUGAAUACAAAUACUCUAGCUAUAUAAUGUUCAUUAGUAAAGCUGGGUAUAUAACGCUCACUAAUAUGGAAAAAUAAUGGUAAAUUGGACAAAAAUUUCUCAAAAAUGUUCCUCUUAUAACCUUUGUUCUCUCGUUUAAUGGUUUUGUAAAUUUAAACGUGAAAAUCUAUGUACCCCCCUGCAGUCCCUAUUUAGUCCCCACCCUUCUAAUAAGCUCCUAUAAUCCAGAAGCAUUAGAAAAUAACAACCCAAGGGCCUAAAUAGAGGAAAUACGGCAUUCGAACAUGAAUUUGUUGCAUGGCUUACAAAUGAAACAAUCGAACUGGGAUGUUAGUACUUGGACAGCGGCUAAUUGUGCGCCUUUUAUCUCACUCACAUGCAUGUGAGAAGGAUUCAGUUCGCCUCUACAAAAUUCCGCAGAUUUUCUCCAGGUGAUCCAAGGUGUUCUCCUGUAGUAACUAAACAGUUUAGAACUAAUAACUGAUAUCCGACCUAUCCAGUUAGCUUAGUGUAAGAGGAAUGACUCUCACUGGACAUCCAAGAAGAAUAGUUUAAAUUGGUUUGGAAGAAAAUUGGUUUAGUUUAGCUUUCCUUCGGUACUAACAUAGUAAAAAUUGCACCAAUAAAGGAUUAAACAAUAUAGUUAACUGGGAAUAUAUAAAUGGUAUCUCUAUUUAUAGAUGAUGCAAGUACAAGUGCAGCUGACCAGUCGCCUUCUGUAAAAAUGAACUUCCCGCCAAAACUAACUUCGUCUGACCUAAGCCCAACAUCAUCCAUUACUCUGGGUGCAUUAUCGAGCAGUGAUGAUGAUCCCAGUUCGACAAUACUUGUUAUAGCUAUUGUGGUACCUGCAGUAGUGCUGAUAUUGUUGGUUGUUGUUGUCUGCUUCUGUUGCAAACGCAAGAGGAGGAAUAGGUAAGAUGUUUGGAAAAAUUAAUAAAAUUUCUGUAGACUAAUUGCACCUGCAGACCAAUAGCAAAUAUUUGAUUCUAAAGUGAAUUCAACUAACUUCAUUUGCACUGGAUAGGCAGUGACGUAACUGGAGGGUGUUUGGGUGUCCAGAAGCGGCCACGUUAGUGUUGGGAAAGCAUUAAGAAUAGCUAAUCAAGGUCGUGUACACGACUGCCAACUUUCAGACACAUGCAUUUUUGUGCAAACACUCGCUUGCUGACUUUCAUCAACUCUCAUUUGACUGUUGCUCAUCCAUUCAAUACUUUAAACUUGCUAUCAUCUUGAGACAAUUCUCAAUCCUCAAAUGAGUUUACUAUUCUUACAGCAGCCAAAGAAAUCCAAGUCGCAAAAGUUCCGAGAAAAAGAAUGGUAUGUAGAAUUAUAAAAUGAGAUGUAUAUAAUGCGUGCUCUGAUUGGUCGAAACCCGUGUUUGGAUCAGGCCAUCCAAACACGGAAGACUAUCGUGUUGUUGUUAUUUUAUAAAACAAUUACGCUAUGGUUUCCGUAUUUGGAUGGCCUGAUCCAAACACUUGAGAAUGUUGCUCAGUUACGAAAAGCGCUCGAAAUCACUCGCCUUCGAAAAGCGCUGAAAAUCGCUCGCCUUCGGAUCGCGAUUUCGCGCGCUUUUCUUAUAACUCUCGCAACAUUCCUGCGUGUUUGGAUCAGGCCAUCCAAACACGGAGACCAUAAAGUAAUUGCAUAUAACAAUGUGUAGCUUUACAGUACAAUGUAUCUUAAAAUUAAUAAAUGCCUGGUAAAAUACAAUACAAUGGAAACUUCGAAGAAACUCAUAUUUUUAAUUCAACGUUUCGACUACUGUUGAGUGUUGAGUCAUCAUCAGGAAUUAUAAUUAAUUCCUGAUGAUGACUCAACAGUAGUUGUAACGUUGAAUUAAAAAUAUGAAUUUCGUCGGAGUUUCCAUUGUAUUAUAUUUUAUUAGAACAUUCAGUGGUUACCGAAAAUAAACGACUGGUAUAUGUCAGUUUGACAAAUCAUUUCUGAUUCAAAACUUCAAGAAAGUUCCUUCUUAAAUGUGUAUCAUAUUAAAACAAUUAUAUUCGUUGAGAAAAAUAAAUUACUUAAAUUUUGUUUAAAUGAGUAGGAUUUUGUAUCAGAUGUACUGUAGAAGCUUCUUCACGGUAGUAACUUAUUUGUGUUUUAUAAAUAAUUAACGCGAAUUGCGAUUUCAGAAACCUCAACUAGGAGACCGUUUCGACACACAGAAAGCAGCCUGCGAGGACCAAAUGCUUACGUUGACUUGCCAGAAAGCGACACAACCGAGACAUUUGGUGCUCACACAAACCUUGCUUGUCCAACGCCAGAGAAACAGAGCGUAAUCGUAGAAGCUCACCCGUCUCAUGGAACCGUUGACUUACAGAAAGGCAAAAUCAAUGAAGUGAACUUUUAUUCAAACCCUGACUACGAACCGGAAGAUAUGGCUAAAAUGGACGAGGUAAAUGCAAGUACCUUCAUAUCUGACCCGGAUUAUGCAACCGUUGAUAUAAAACGAAAAAAAGUUGACGACAAGAAUUCUUACCCCGAACCUGGCUAUGAAACUCCUGAUAUUAAAAGAAAAGACGUUGACGCCAAGAAUUCUUAUUCAGACCGAGGAGUCAAUAGAGCCACCUCUAAAUCAAAUCCUGAUUAUGCAACUGUUGAUAACAAAAGAAAAAAAGUCGAUGGCAAUAAUUCUUAUGCGGACCCGGGUUAUGCAACUCCUGAUGUCAAAAGAAAAGACGUUGACGCCAAGAAUUCUUACUCUGACCCUGGCUACGAAUCCGCCGAUAUGAAAAUGAAAGGAGUCAAUGUUGCUACCUCUAAAUCAUUUCCUGAUUAUGCAACCGUUGAUAUCAAAAGAAAAGACGUCGGUGGCAAAAAUGCUUAUGCUGAAUCUGCCUAUGAAUCUGCUCAUCUCAAAAGCAAAGAUGUCGAUGGCGCAACAUCUUCUACAAAUAAUAAUUAUGAAACCAUCGCUGAAGCACUCAAUAGCACUGUCAAAAACAAAGACGCCACAACUUAUCAACAAAAGCUUGGAUAUGAAACGCCUGAUAUGAAAAGGGGGAACGUCAACGCAGCUUCUUCGGAUUCUACUUAUUCAACAAUUGACAGGGAUUCCACGAAAGUCGACGAGAAUGCUGGUUAUUCACCAGCCAAUAUUAAACGAAUAGAAGUCAACGGAGACUUGUAUGCCCUUCCCACUAAAAAGAAGUAA